GAAGGUGUUCCCUCGGGUAAAUAUGUCAAGUGCACUCCCAGAGGCACCCAUGGGUCUGGACUCGUCGGACUCGGAGAUCAGAUCGAGCCACCUGAUCGCGCGGCUGGACCAGGAUCCAGAGGACGCGGAGAAACGGGAUCGGGAGACGCGAGGGACGGAAUGCAAUAACGCGGACAGCGAUUGCGAGAGCGACACGAGCGAGGUUCUGAGCGUUGGCAGCGAGCCGACGCCGACCAGCGUGGUUGGAGUGCGUGUAUGCGGCUCCACGAGAUACGACCGGGAAUCCGCGAGUAGCCGGGGCGAGUUCCGCGACGAGGAGAACACGAGAACGUCGGCAACGCCAUCGCCGUCCAGCUCCGCCAGCUGCAACGACCUAUACUACCAGCGUACAUCCGGUAAUCACGUUCCAGCACCGAGUCCGCCCGGUUACAGUCAACCACCAUCGUCCCCUACGGCGUCUUCCGUUAGAUCUCCGGCCUCCUCCUCGGCUACCGCCUCGUCCCCAGGUCGGCCGGAAGCUAUACAAGAGGCUAUCGCACCUAGGUACCAAUCCAGUCAUCAGCAACACCUCCUUACUCGUUACUCCUCCAGGGAACCCGACAUUUCCGACUAUACGGCGCGAGUUCAGCACGGCCUAGGUCACGAAAUCGUAUAUCCCACUGUAGAGAGGUUACAUCGUACCCCAAUAAGCGUUCCUCUAGUAACGAGGCUCUCGUUGUCACCGCCGUCGGCCAUGACGGUCACCGGGCUUCAAGCAACGACGCCAGUUCUCCAUCCGACUGCCUGCAGAGACCCGCGGGAAACUACCUCGUUGAUGCCGCAUCACAGUCAGCAUCUGCAUCACGCAAACGCCCACACGCAUCUGCAUCAGGGCUCGCAGGUGCAACACGUACCGGCGAAUCCGGUGCAUCAGCAUCGGCUCUCGGUCAGCAAGCUUCUGCAACGGGAACCCGGAAGCCCGGCGUCGCCCGUCGCCAGGGAGGACGGGCGCACCCUGCCCGCCGCGAAUGGCGUACAAAACAGCAUCGGCACCAGCAACAACGCCAAUCAUCAUAACAAUAACAACAACAACAACAACAACCUGCAGCACCAAGCGAGCCUAAAGUUCAGUAUAGAUAAUAUUCUAAAGGCGGACUUCGGCAGGAGAAUCACAGAUCCUAUCUCCCUGAAGAAGUCCCGGCCUAAGAAAGUGUCCUCGAGGCCGAUCGAUCUGACGAAAGACUUCCUGGAGUCGUCUUCCGAUACUUCCGAGAGGAGCAGCUCGGAGACGACGACGACCAACGCCUCGCCUACCGGUGUUUCGGCCGGGAACUCGACGCCCAGUGCUCCAGCGGGGGCAACCGAUCCUGGGAAGAUGCUGUGGCCAGCGUGGGUCUACUGCACCAGAUACUCGGACAGGCCUUCCUCAGGACGAAAAUCAUCCCGUGUUUCAGGUCCACGCACGAGAAGAGUGAAGAGGACAGACGGACGCGGCGGCGGCACCCCCGAAGAGAAACGUCCCAGGACCGCGUUCAGUGGUGAACAGUUAGCGAGAUUGAAGAGGGAAUUCGCGGAGAAUCGAUACCUGACGGAAAGACGGAGGCAGCAGCUCUCGAGGGACUUGGGUCUGAACGAGGCGCAGAUCAAGAUCUGGUUCCAGAACAAGCGGGCGAAAAUCAAGAAGGCCAGCGGCCAGAAAAAUCCUCUGGCCCUUCAGCUGAUGGCACAAGGGCUCUACAAUCAUUCGACGGUACCGCUUACCAAGGAGGAAGAGGAGCAGGCCGCGGAGCUUCAAGCGAAAUGACGAUUGCAAGCUUAAAUAAACGUUCGGCAAAAUUUAACUUUGCAAACUUUGACUCCUGAAUUUCUGACUUUAAAGAAGCUAUAAGUGAAGGUCGAAUUUAUCCUCUAUUCGGUUUUAAUUCGUAAGUAUUUUUUAGAAGAAUUGAGAGAACAUAGAAAAUGUGAAAAUACCAGAUUACUUAAUACAAAAAAAAUCUCUUAGUACGAAUCAACAGACAUUUAAUAUAAUAUUAGGAUUUUAUAAAAUAUCCUCUUUAUUGAAAAUAACAUCUUUUCUUCCGCAAAAGGAUAAGAACAUACGUACACUUGGAGAAACAAAAUUGUAUUAGCAACUAUAAAUUUAUGAACAAAUAGCACCUCAACUAUGUAUUUAUAGUUUGUAAUAGAAACAAUAAGUACGAACUAAGAAAAUGUAAUAUUAAUGAUUUGUAGUGAAUUUCUAAUUGGAAAAACUGUGAAAAAAUAGUAAUACAAAUGUAAGUGACGAAAAAACUAAAAUACCUGAGAUUCGAACUCGGAUUCCUUCCGUUUUGAUUCCUAACAGUUAAGAUGCUACGCCACGAUUGUUUCACUGCAUAUAGUUAUUACGAUCGUAUACAUCGGCCGUAAAUUGGAAAAAUAUUGUUAAAACAUAUUUGUAUGAAGUCUGUAUAACUAUAUAAUUAUAGUUGAGGUUUUAUUUCUCUAUAAAUUAAUAGUUAUACAAAUUAUGUUACCGUGGUAAUACAAACUAUUUUUAUAGAUAUUGCAAUUAAAAUUGUAGUUGCAAUAACUGUAACAUAGUUUAUUGAACUAUGUGUAAUAGUUUUACGGAUAAAACUUGUAUAGUUGUCACUUUAUAAUUGCUACGACUAUGAAUUUUUCUCUCAGUGAUACAUAUCGCAUUUUCGUCUUUCUUUGCCAACUGCGGGUUUUUGAAAACAAAUCAACCAAAGCGCGGUGUAAAUCUUGGUAUAUUUUAUUUUAAAAAAUGUUAAAUAUAUGUAGUAUAUUACUUUUAAAGAGAGUAUCAUCAGGUCAAAAAGCUAAUAAAAAAAAAAAACUUAUAGAGCGGACCAAAGGUCAACGGUCUGUCGUUUCUCUUCCUUAAAAUGAAAGACUGGAGUAUUUAUUUCGCUAGACGUAUUAGUACAACUCGUUAGAGUUAACUCGAGGAAUUCUUGUCUUGUAAUUAGAGCUUCCGAUAGAACAACAGUUUUGACGAAUGUUGCUUACCAGCUCGUUCGAAAUAAUCGCGAGCGGAAGAUUAGUUUUACCGAGAUGGUUACGCGAAUAUAAGUUACGAUCGCCGUUCCCUGCCAUCGCUUUAAAAGAAAAUACGAUAAAUGCUACACGUUCCUAGAUCGCAGCACACGUUGGAUUCAGACUUUGUAAGGGGGAAAGCAAUUGACGAUGCAAGGCGCCUCGGAGAACAAACGUAUUUCCUGAAGUGUUUUGCAUAAAAUAUUGUCUUCUUGAUUAUAAAAAAUUAAGAUGUAACUAAUAAAGAAUUUUCUAUCGAUAGAAAAAGAAACGGUCUUUUUUCAACAAGAAGAUAUUGAUAUUAUUCGAUAACUUUCUCGCAAAAUUAAUUUUAAAAAAUAUAUUCGAUUAGUGUAUUGUGCGAUGGCAUGCAGCGGUUAGUUUGUUACGAAGGAGAUUAACAAGUGCCAUUUUUUGCAAUUCUUUCCGGCAAGAUUGUUUACGCGAGAACUGAGAGAGCCGUCUGGUGACGAAAAGGAAAAGCGGGAUCGGACGAGUAAGAAGAGGAGGGGGGGAGGAUCAGAUUUUUCGUUAAUUUAUUGUACAAAUGUAAGAUAUAUUAUAUAUCGCGAAAAACUGGAGUGAUUGCGACGUGCAAUAGAAGAAUUAUACAUAAUAAAGAGGGAAGUAAAUAGAGACGAGUUAUGUAUAGGUGUGUUGUAUAUGUAAUUGCGGAGCGACGUGUACAUAAUUUACCAUUUAGCGACGGACGUUGUCCCGAUAGACUGUUUAAAAUGUAACUUAGCUAUUUAUUUACGUAUAGUAUAUGAGGCGUAGCGAGCGCGCAUACGAAACGAUCACGCGACAACUGAUACUUGUAAGAUUAUUUAAAUUCGAAUUAAAUAUUCCCAUUAUCAAGCCA